CGCAAGCUCAGGAGGCGACCAUGAGCAAGCUUCAGAGUGAGACGGUGCGUGAGGCUAUCAGGACCAUCACCAAGGAGUCGAACGAUAAGAAGAGAAAAUUUCGUGAGAGUGUGGAGCUGCAGAUUGGUUUGAAGCAGUAUGAUCCCCAGAAGGACAAGCGCUUCAGCGGAACUGUCAAGCUUCCCCGUAUUCCGCGCCCCAACAUGACCAUCUGCAUCUUGGGAGAUGCUCAGCACUGCGAGGAGGCUGAGAAGAACAGCAUCCCCAGCAUGGACGUGGAGGCCCUCAAGAAGCUCAACAAGAACAAGAAGCUGAUCAAGAAGCUCGCCAAGAAGUAUCAUGCUUUCCUUGCCUCUGAGGCCCUCAUCAAGCAGAUCCCCCGUCUCCUUGGACCAGGCUUGAACAAGGCAGGAAAGUUCCCCGGCUUGAUCACUCACCAGGAGAACAUGGUGAACAAGAUCAAUGAAGUGAAAUCAACCAUUAAAUUCCAGUUGAAGAAGGCUCUUUGCCUUGCUGUAGCUGUUGGACACGUCGAGAUGAACGAACAGGAGCUCUUUGCAAACAUCAACACCUCAGUCAACUUUUUGGUUUCUUUGUUGAAGAAGAACUGGCAGAAUGUGAAAUCUCUUAACAUCAAGACCACCAUGGGCAAGCCUCAGCGCGUUUACUAAGUAUCAGGCAGUAUGUCAGGCUCACAGUUGGUUCAGCUCCUCGUGGAAGAAUGUUUUCUGAUAUUGAGUAAUACGGGAAGGGACAAGGAGUGCAAACAACUUUGAGGAUGCGUUGUCUUACUCAUGUUGAUUGUUUUUCAAUGAAAUUCGAAACC